AACCCAUUUAACGUCGUCCUCAACUACUCACAAAACCAAACGACAAAACCCACUGUUCCCUUUUCUGUUUCCUCAAACUUCUCUUUCUCCAAACUCAAAUAAAGCAAAAACAAACUCUCCUUUUCCCUUUCCCUCUCUCUUUUCUCUUUUCACUCUUCACACCCCCACUACUAAAAAAACAAACCCCCCCUCACUCCAAUGGCAGAAAAAGAAGAACAAAACGAACACGAACAAAUGAACAAGCUAUUUUCUUCAUACAUAGGUAUAAGCUUCUCCGUCUUCAUAGCACUUCUUCCAAAAAAUCUUCGAGAACAUUCUCUCAGAGCUUUCCGUGCAGAAGAAGAGCUACGUCAGAUAAAAUCUCGCCGGCAAGAAGAUUACAAAGCAAACGCAAGAGUCGCUGAGAUCUUCGCUUCUCACCGAAACUCAUGGCGUGACGAGGAGAAACGUCUUUUACGGCGAAUCGACGCCGCGUCGGAUGAAAUCGCGAGAUUAAGAGCGGUGGUUGAAGAUUCCAAAGCGCGUGUGGAAGAUUUAGAGCGUGAGGUUGUUGAAAGAGAUGAGAUGAUUGCGUUUAUUUCGAGGCGGUUUCAAGAGGAGGGAUAUGGUGGGUGCGGGAGUAGGGGAGGUUAUGGUGGGGAGAAGAAUAGCGGUGGUGAGUGGGAUGAAAUGGUGGGGACCACUAAUGAAGAAGUUGAUGUUAUCUAUCAACAACAUAGUCAGCAUGUUAAUAAUAAUGGAUUUGAUUCUGAGUUUAUUGCUUCUUCUGGUUCUAAGUUUUGGGCUGAAAAAGCUUCAUUAUGGCAGGAUGUACAGUAUGAAUCCCUUGAAUCAACGUAUACAACAAAACAAUUUGUUGCAAGAAGGGAGUCCCCCUGGAAGGUAGAUGGUGAUUCAGCUGGAAUUUCCUCUAAACUUAAAUUACUUGAACAGGAAUUAAUAAAUCUGGACAAAGUUGGCAAGGAUUUUCCGUCCAAGGUGUCAUCCUCAAUUAAGAAGCAGGCAAAGAGAUAUCAAUCGCUUUCAGAAAAAAUUGAUGAUUUAUGCAGGCGAAUAGCUAGUGAUCCCUGCGAUCCCUCCCUUGGUUCAGAAUUUCGAACCCAGACUCAAACAGAGUUUUUACUUGAAGCAUUCCGGCUUCAACAGGAUGCAUCUGAAACUGCACAAAAACUAAUGGCAUUGCAUACCGAAGUCGGGAAGACCCAUUACAGGGAUGAGUUAAGAGGCGAGACCACACUAACCACAAGACGAUCUUUGGACUCAAUUCGGAAUAACUUCAGAGAACUUCAGCGAAAUCUGGAGAUAUGGUUGGCCAGAAUCAUCGGUGAUCUCGAGGGGAUUCUGGCAAGGGACGGUGCAUCUCGUGUAAGAGAAUAUUACAUUUCUAGAUAUCCUUUUGUUCAAUAGAAUCUGUGCCUAGUAGGAAGAAGCCUCACUUCUCAACCUAACAAGUUAGCUCUUUUGGUAUGUAAAUUGUUGAAGUACAUAAAAAGUGGUAGUUGGAAUAUCCAUGUGAAAUGUAACCACACCACAUUUGCUAAUAUUGGCAUCUUAAAUAUAUGCUCUUCUUCACACCUCA